AUGGCACCAAAAAGAAGUAGUAGGAGCAACACAGCACCUAUUAAAAAGUCAAGACCUAUUUCAUCCACAUCAAAUUCAUUUACAACAUCAGAUUUAGACGUGUCAUAUUUUACAAAGGAUUCAAUAGAUGAUACGAAUAUAGAUACUUUAAUUGAUUUAAUUAAUGAUAAUACACAUUCAAAAGCAGACAUAAUACAUUCGAAAUAUCGAGAUAUCAAUGAUCAACUACGGGAGAAUGAUCACAUAUUAAUACAACAGUUACAAGAAGAGAAUGAAAGAUUACAACAAAAGAUAGAAGAAUUGAAUUAUUCAAAUGAAUUUACAUCACCAAUUAGAAAAAAUAAGAUAAGAGAUAUAGACAUUGAUCAAGAAAGAGAGAAUAUAAGCUUUUCAUUUGAUUUAUUGGAAUUAAUGACUGGUUUGAAAGUAAUAAAUUAUGAAGAAAACGACAAUGAAAUACAAUGUGAUAUAAGACAAACAAAUUCAAAUAAAAAUAUAUGGAUUGAAUAUCAAUUAAUCAUUAACAAGUUAGAUACUAAACAGAUCAAUUAUAUUCCUAAAUUUUUACAUGAUGAUGAAGAAAAUGAACAAAACAAAUCAAAUUUAAAGAAAUUGAAUAAACUCCUACCGGAUUAUUUGAUGGAAUAUUUGUCAUUUCCUGGUGAAUCAUUGGCACAAUUUUAUAGUAAAGUUAGCAAAGCUUUGAAUCAAAAGUAA